CAAGUGACUCUGAGCUGCUUCCUGGUUUCUUCUCAGUCUAAAGGUCUUAGUGGGUCAGUACCAGUGUUCCCAGCAGCAGUGAUCCAGUUCAGACAUCUUCAGCUUCACUGACUUUGAGGUGAACCAGGACCCAGAGUGUUCGCUGCUGAGAACUUCUGUAGGAAGGCAGAAUGGAUCAGUAUGAGGACAGAGAGGAGGGAGCCCCUCCUUCUAAAAUCAGAAGAAUGGAGAUGAAGACUGAAGCUCAGAGGUUCCAUCAGAGACAAGACUCUGCUGAACCUGGACCUGGACCUGGACCCAGCUCUGUGUCCCUAAAGAGCGACAUUUCAAAGGGUUAUUUUGUGGAUUUUAAGAGACAAGUACCAGAUCCUAAAGUGGACCUGCAGAGCUCAGAGGUUCCCAGUGAUCAGUCUGUCCAGCAGCACCAAACACACCUGGACUCCAUAUUUAUGCUGCUGGAGGAAAACAUUGUUACGUUUGUGAAGAAGGAGCUGAAAAAGAUCCAGAAGGUUCUGAGUCCAGAUUACCCAGAAUGCUUAGAGAGUCAGAGGGAGGAUGAGGAGGAGUUGGAUGGUAAAGAUGAAGAACAGAGGAGGAGCAGCAGAGACGCAUUUCUGAAGAUCACAGUGAACUUCCUGAGGAGGAUGAAGCAGGAGGAGCUGGCUGACUGUCUGCAGAGCAGAUCUCCUGCUGCAGUUUGUCAGCAUCAACUUAAAUCUCAGCUGAAGCAGAAGUUCCAGUUUGUCUUCGAAGGCUUCUCUAAAGCAGGAAACCCAACCCCUCUGAACCAGAUCUACACAGAGCUCUACAUCACAGAGGGAGAGACUGGAGAGGUCAACGAGGAACAUGAGGUACGACACAUUGAAACAGUGUUUAGGAAACCAGUCAGACCAGAAACAUCCAUCAGACCAGAAGACAUCUUUAAAAGCUCAGCUGGAAGAGAUGGAGCCAUCAGAACAGUGAUGACAAAGGGAGUGGCUGGCAUUGGGAAAACAGUCCUAACACAGAAGUUCACUCUGGACUGGGCUGAAGACAAAGCCAACAAGGACAUACACUUCACAUUUCCAUUUACCUUCAGAGAGCUGAAUGUGCUGAAAGAGCAAAAGUUCAGCUUGGUGGAACUCGUUCAUUACUUCUUCACUGAAACCAAAGGAGCAGGAAUCUGCAGCUUUGACCAGUUCCAGGUUGUUUUCAUCUUGGACGGUCUGGAUGAGUGUCGACUUCCUCUGGACUUCAACAAGACUAAAACCCUGUGUGAUGUCACAGAGUCCACCUCAGUGGAUGUGCUGCUGACAAACCUGAUCAGGGGGAACCUGCUUCCCUCUGCUCGCCUCUGGAUCACCACACGACCUGCAGCAGCCAAUCAGAUCCCUCCUCGGUGUGUUGACCUGGUGACAGAGGUCAGAGGGUUCACUGACCCACAGAAGGACGAGUACUUCAGGAAGAGGUUCACAGAUGAGCAGCAGGCAACAACAAUCAUCUCCCACAUCAAGACGUCACGAAGCCUCCACAUCAUGUGCCACAUCCCAGUCUUCUGCUGGAUCACUGCUACGGUUCUGGAGGAUGUGUUGAAAAGCAGAGAGGGAGGAGAGCUGCCCAAAACCCUGACUGAGAUGUACAUCCACUUCCUGGUGGUUCAGACCAAAGUGAAGAGCAUCAAGUAUGAUGGAGGAGCUGAGACAGAUCCACUCUGGAGUCCAGAGAACAGGAAGAUGAUUGAGUCACUGGGAAAACUGGCUUUUGAGCAGCUGCAGAAAGGAAACCUGAUCUUCUAUGAGUCAGACCUGACAGAGUGUGGCAUCGAUAUCACAGCAGCCUCAGUUUACUCAGGAGUGUUCACACAGAUCUUUAUAGAGCAGAGAGGACUGUACCAGGACAAGGUGUUCUGCUUCGUCCAUCUGAGUGUUCAGGAGUUUCUGGCUGCUCUUCAUGUCCAUCUGACCUUCUUCAACUCUGGGUUCAACCUGCUGUCAGAAGAACAACAAACAUUCCAUACAUCCGAAUCAACAACAGUCAAAUCUACAGAGACACAGUUCUACCCUAAUGCUGUUGUCAAGGCCUUACAGAGUCCAAAUGGACACCUCGACCUGUUCCUUCGUUUCCUCCUCGGUCUUUCACUGCAGACUAAUCAGACCCCCAUUAAAGGCCUUAUUAAACAUACAAGAAGUGAUUUAAAAAACAAGGAAACAGUUCAGUACAUCAAGAAGAAGAUCUCAGAAUCUCCAUCUGCAGAAAAAAGCAUCAACCUGUUCCACUGUCUGAAUGAACUGAAUGACUGUUCUCUAGUGGAGGAGAUUCAACAGUACCUGGACUCAGGAAAAGUCUCUACAGAUGAACUCUCUGCUGCUCAGUGGUCAGCUCUGCUCUUCAUGUUGGUGUCAUCAGGAAAAAAACUGGACAAGUUUGACCCAGUAAAAUACUCUUCAAGCUUUUCAGAGAAGGAUCUUCUGUUUGUGUUUGAAGUGCUUAAAGCCUCCAAAAAAGUUAAACUGAGUGGCUGUAACCUGUCAGAGAGAAGCUGUGAAGCUCUGUCCUCAGUUCUCAGCUCUCAGUCCUGUAGUCUGAGAGAACUGGACCUGAGUAACAACGACCUGCAGGAUUUAAAAGUGGCGCUACUGUCUGAUGGACUGAAGAGUCCUCACUGUCAGCUGGUGUCUCUCAGACUGAGUGGCUGUAACCUGUCAGAGAGAAGCUGUGAAGCUCUGUCCUCAGUUCUCAGCUCUCAGUCCUCUAGUCUGAGAGAACUGGACCUGAGUAACAACGACCUGCAGGAUUCAGGAGUGAAGCUACUGUCUGAUGGACUGAGGAGUCCUCACUGUCGACUGGAGACUCUCGGGUUGUCAGGUUGUCUGGUCACAGAGGAAGGCUGUGCUUCUCUGGUCUCAGCUCUGAGCUCCAACCCCUCCCAUCUGAGAGAACUGGACCUGAGCUACAAUCAUCCAGGAGACUCAGGAGAGAAGCUGCUGUUUGCUGGACUGGAGGAUCCACACUGGAGACUGGAGACUCUCAGGGUGGAGCCUGGUGGAGCCCGAUGGUUGAGACCAGGUCUGAGGAAGUAUUUCUGUCAACUUACAAUCAACAAAAACACAGUGAACAAAAACCUACAACUGUCUGACGACAACAGGAAGGUGACACAUGUGGAGGAGGAUCAGCCAUAUUCUGAUCAUCCAGACAGAUUCGAUCAGUGUCCUCAGCUGCUGUAUAGUAAUGAACUGACUGGUCGCUGUUACUGGGAGGUUGAAUGGGGAGUAAGGGUUUAUAUAUCAGUGAGUUACAGAGGAAUGAAAGGGAAAGGAAACAGUAAAAACUGUUGGUUUGGAUACAAUGAUCAGUCCUGGAGUCUGAGGUGCUCUAGUGUUGGAUAUUCUGUGUUUCACAAUAACAUAGAAACACCCAUCCCCUCCUCCUCUGUGUCUAACAGAGUAUCAGUGUAUGUGGACUGUCCUGCUGGUUCUCUGUCCUUUUACAGUGUUUCCUCUGACAAACUGAUCCACCUUUACACCUUCAACACCACAUUCACUGAACCUCUCUAUCCUGGGUUUACUCUGUGGUGGUCUGGUUCUUCAAUGUCUCUGUGUGAUGUGUAGUUGUGAGAGUGUGAUCCUGUCAGAGAAAGGUUGUGACUGUUGAACAUAUUUCAGUCUGUUCAUGUCUGUAUAGUUUUCAGAAUUAUGUACAGUACUAAGACCAGAUUAAGAUCAUCACCUAAAAAACCUUGACACACAAUGUACAUUCUGGCCAAAGAUUAGCGUUUAGUUUUGAGUUACUGUCGUCAUGUUGAUUUCUUUCUGAACCAGUUCUAAGAGAUUCCUUGUGAACAUUCUCCUUUUUCAGUGCUUUAAAGAUGGAAGCUCUGAUUCUUCUAGGAUGAAAUGUUGCUAACUUGUUGUGAAGUUGUUUUCUAGUCAAUAUUGGAAUGUUUGUCUUUCUCUUUCCAAUCUUGUUCUUCUCGAGAAAAACUGUAAGUUCACUGAUGACACGACAGUGUUGGGCCUUAUUAGCAAGAACAAGUCAGCAUACAAAGAGGAGGUGAACCAGUUAACGGACUGGUGUAACGCCAACAACCAGUCUCUAAAUGUAGACAAAACGAAAGCGAUGAUUGUUGAUUUGUUGUCUAAUGUAGGACCUCGGUUCCAGGGAAACAUUACAAUUCACUGUGCACUGCACUGUAUAUUGUUGAAAUGACAUUACAUUUUUUCUCGAUUGCUUAAACACUAUAACCAGGCUUUAAAAACUAAAACUUCAUAAUCAUAAUGUCAUUUUGAAAGCAACACACCCAUUUUUCUGUACUAUAAACAUUAUUUCCUGCUUUGACUCAUUAGUCAAAUCUUUCUGCUCUAGAUUUAAAUCCCUGCAUUUCUUACACCAUCUGCUCAAUUAGAAAACACUGGUAAUUAGAAUUCAGCCACCACAACUUGUGCUUAAUUAGUAAACAAUUACAGAGCUAAAAACCACUACAUUGGAGUAUGAGUGCAGCCACAUUUGAAUGGCUUCACCAUUGCCUGCAACAUCAGAACCUUCAGGGAGGAAAACCGGUUGGUGUCCUUACAAUCAGGCUGCUCUGUACAGUAGCUUCAGUACAGACACUGUAGACCUCUAACGUUACUGUAGAGACACUUCACAACGUUGUUGGUUGGGAUAAUGUCAGCUUCCAUGGAGACUGGUUUACAAAUAACCUGAGGUUUUUCAACCUCUUUCUGCUGUGAACAUCAAAGUUGUAUGGCCAAGACUUUGUUGAACUGCAUCGCUUGGUUUCUGUCACUUGUGACAGGUUGAGUUGUAAAUGUCAUAUUGUUACUGUAUGGUGUUUAUAUUUCUAAUACAGUUCAGUUAUGGCCAGA